AUGCGUUUCAUCACUGUUGCUCUCUCUGCCCUUGUGGCGAUGGCUUCCGCCUACACCCAACCCGACUACACCAAGGCUCCUCUGGGCAAUGCCAUCCUGAAGCCCGGUCUGAACGAGCAGGUUCCUGUCGGCAAGCCCUACACCAUUGAGUGGGACCCCACCACUCAAGGCCCCGUCUCUCUGGUCCUCCUGCGAGGCCCCAGCACCAACGUCGUCCCCAUCGCUACCAUCGCCGAGGCGAUCCCCAACUCGGGCUCGUACUCGUGGACUCCCAGCACCGAGCUCGAGGACGAUGUCACCCACUACGGUCUCCUUCUCGUCGUCGAGGGUACUGGUCAGUACCAGUGGUCGACCCAGUUCGGUAUCUCCAACCCCGGCAAGGCCGUCAGCGCUUCUUCUUCCGCCCCUGUGAGCCAGAGCACCGCCGCCGCCGCGACUGAGACCGCUACUGCUGCUCCCACUGCCUCCGAGGUCACCGUCAUCACCACUGAGAGCACCACUUUCUGCCCCGAGUCCGAGUCUGCCACUGCUACUGCUACUGUCAAGCCCACCACGAUCCCCGUCGUCGUCCCCACCGGCGGUGCUUCCAUCCCCGCUGGCUCGCCUACUCCUUCUGCCUACCCCAGCACCACUCUGGUCAGCACCGCCCACGGCUCCAGCACCCCCUCCGCCACCACCCCGGCUCCUAGCCUCUUCACCGGUGCUGCCGACCGCACCGCUAUCAGCUUCGGUGCUGUUGCCGCUGGUGUUCUCGCCGUCCUCGCCUUUUAA